GUCAAUAGGUGCCUUUCAAGUUUUCAAUAUUGUCCAAUUACACGAUUGUUAUACGAAUGUAUUACAGUUGUUAAAUAUAUUAAGUUAAACCUCGUAAUUAACAUUAUAGUCAUGUUAAUACGUUUGCAAGGAACACCCGUUGGACUUCAACAGCAAUAUUGGUAAAGGUGAAUGUCCUGCCUCUUUCCCUGAUAUUUUUCUCCAGCCCAGCUCGUUGCUUAGUAACACGUCGAAACAAGCGUUGUCAAUCAUGGCUUCAAGAUCGCACGAAGUUGAUAAUGUGCCCUUUACGGUCUGGAACUCGGCAUUUGAAGACAGAAUGUCGCUGUUUACUAAGCUGGAGGAGUCCCAGAGGACCGUUCGAAAGAAGUUCCUGUUACACCGGUUGGUAGUUGUUGCCAGCCUCCCCCAGCAACUCGAAGACAGGAGAGACAUUGGAGCUCACUACGAGGAGCUGAACCAGCGCUUGCAGAGGAAAUACCAAGGUGAUGCUGUCACAGGCCUGCUUUUGCUGUACCCAACCUGCAUGCUUCACGUCAUGGAGUCAUCCAGCGAGGUACUUGCAGGUGUGCUGCAGGAUCUGAGAGAUAUGCAGGAAGGUCCACAUGGUGCCCGCAUCGAGGUGUCCAAGAUCCUGGUGAUGUCACAUGACCUUCCCAGCAGGCUGUUCCAGCAGUGGAGCUACGAGCUGCUGAACAUGGAGGCCAGGGUGGGUGUGGCGCUGGGCAGAGACGCGCCCGGCGAUGAUGAGGAGGAGGACACCGAGACCCUGGUCCGCACUGCCCUGUCAAUGGUGCUCAAACUGGGCAGUCACCUCCUCAAACCCACCAUUAAGGGUGUGAAGACGCCACUGGGCUCACGGCUGGAUGUGAUGCCAGAGAUGAUUGUUCCUCAGGACCUCCUGGUCAAGCUGCUGUCCAGAGAUCUGCUGAGCCCCCAGGAGUAUCUACAGGCUUACCUCACUCCUCUCCACAUCCCCAUGGACACCGGUGAGACAUCUGUAUUCAGUCAAUUUAACAUGCAAAUGUCACGUGUUUGGAAGCAGUCAACCAACCACAGUUUAAUGUUUAGCUAAAGGUCAAGUGGGACACUGUCAGGAUGGCUCACACUGAUGUUGUUUUAACAGGGCGUCCCUUGCCUCCACCUGAUCAUCUGGGAUGUGAAUUCGGACUUUUGAUGUGAUACAGCUUGACUUUUGCGUCUGCUAAUGCUUAAUAUGUUUACUGGCUUCCUGCCUUGAUAUUCGUAUGUGUUAUUGAGAACUGGCAUUCCUUUGCUCCUCAAAUGGAUAGAGCAUAACCAGAUACAUUAUUGGAUGCAACAGCGUUAUGCAGGAAAGAAAUGCUCUUGUAAUCUCUCUCUGUUGGUACCUGUUACAGUUUCAUGUGUUAAAGUCCACCUGAAUGCUGUCCAAUACCCACCUACCCGUUAGGUCA